AUGGGAGGCUUCAAUUUGCCAUGGGGACUCUCAGGAGCCCUACUGGCAUCUACGUAUCUCCAUUCCAUAUGUGUCACUGCUAGCCCAUCCAUCAAUGUUGGCUUGCAAACAUCAUUCCCCUCAGCCCCAUACCUCCUUGAACUACUAGAAACGGCAGCCACCGAGAAUGCUUCCUCUUACUUCCCUCUUCUUGACCGAAUUGCAGACGAUUAUUUUAGCAAAGCUACUACCGAUAAAGACCUAUAUGACAGAUUUAUGCAGAUUCUUAAUGAAGAUGGGCAUAUGGAUGCUGAGGCUCUUUCAUCAUACCAGCUUGCGUUGUCUAUGAGAGUGGCUGCACCUCGUAUUGAAGCACAAUUUCAAUAUUACCACACUGCUGUAGAGGCUUCAGUGAAAUCGGAGAAAGAUUCAUCAUGUCCAACAUGGGUGCUCUUCGAUGGGUAUCAAUAUUGUUCACCAUCAUUAGAUGAGCCUCAUGGGGUGGUCACUGGCGAUUCACAAACGCAAGAACUACCAUUCGAUUAUGUGCUGGGAAAUCCUACCGGACCCCAUUCCAUAUUAUAUGCUGAUAUAACAUCCUCAACAUUUGGUCAGUUCCACAAGACGUUGGCGAAAACUGCCCGUGAAAGUAAAACAUCUUACCGUCUCCGUCAUCGGCGAGCGAUCGAUUCUGACCCGAAGAAGCCUCUCAUGAUUCCGGGCUACGGUGUAGAACUCGCUCUUAAAAGAACUGACUACAUUGUGAUUGACGACCGCAAAGAUGAUGACGAGAAAGCACCUCCAUCUAACACCGAGACUAAAGUCAAGUUUGAAGAUGAAGAAGUAGCGGAUCUCAAGCCCCUCUCGACAUCAGAGCUCUCUUCUCUUGGCCUCAAGGCAUCCAGUUUCAUUAUGCAGAGUGAUAAACCGUUUGACUCCCUUAUCAAACUUUCACAAGAUUUCCCAAAACAUUCUAGUGCUAUAGCAUCCCACAACGUUUCUUCCGACUUUCUUGCGGAGCAUAAUUACAACCGUGGCAAACUAGUCCCCGCGGGCUUCAAUAUAUGGUGGAUGAACGGUGUGCAGAUGAUUGACCGUCAAAUUGAUGCUAUAAGUAUGCUCGAUAUUUUGCGCAAGGAAAGAAGAUUGAUAAAUGGCGUCCGCGAUCUUGGUUUCACAGGACCUGAGGCUGUCCAGUUACUUUCUCAUUCAGAUAUUUCCGGGGCAAAGAGUGAUGGAGACGUUCAAAGAUUUGAUUGGAGAGAUGAAAUCGAGGGCGGCAGUGUUAUUAUGUGGUUGAAUGACAUCGAGAAGGAUAAACGCUACGCGGACUUCCCUGCAACUCUUGGUGCUUUACUACAAAGAACAUACCCUGGCCAGCUACCUUCAGUCCGCAAGGAAAUCUUCAACUUGGUUAUACCAAUAGAUUUCAGCGUGCUGGAAGAUAUCACUCUCGUUGCUGAAACCUUAGCAAAUUUCGUCAAACGGAAGCUGGUCCUUCAUAUUGGGCUUGUCCCCAUCACGACAUCUCCAGCCGCUUCAGAGCAAGCAAAAGUCUUAUACCAUCUUCUAGAUGUUUACGGGCUCUCUGGAGCUAUUGCCUAUCUUGAGGCUUCCGUCACAAAUGGAGCUGCCAGCCCCGCCGAAAAGGUUUUCGAGGCCGCUAAUGAGGGACGGGAGGUUCGAGCUGGAAAAGUAGCCAUUCCUCUGAAAGAUUUACUGAAAUCUGACCAUUCCAAUGAUCGGAUUGACGCAUCUAGCCGUUGGACCUCAAGACUCUCCGCAAAUGGCGAUUUUCCACCAAUAUUUGUGAAUGGAGUCGCACUUUCAAGAGACGAAAAUUGGCUACAAGCAAUGGUUCAGCGCCUUACUGCUGAUCUGCAAAUUAUUCAGCAGGGUGUCUUCAACGAAAUCUUUACGCAGGAUUCCUAUAUUCCGGAGUUCUUCCUCUCUCAAGCGACGGCACGAAGGAACGCCCUUAUAGUUCCAGAAAGUGAUAAAAAUCUCAAAAUAAUUGAUAUCACUACUAUUUCGAAGAAACAUGGUGAUGUGCUCAUCAGGUUGCCAAAGAUUGGAGUAGAUCUUACAUCGCCCAAGGAAGAUUGGGCUCAUAUGGUUUUGAUAGCGGACUUAUCGUCCGUUUCGGGGCUGGACCUCCUUUUGUCUGCGGCUAAGUUUCGGGAGUCUGUCCCAGCCCUUGAAAUCACUAUCAUACAUAAUCCUUCUAGUGAGAAGGAAACAUCUGAUUUCAGCACGCAUUUGUUUUCACAUAUAAACAAGAGGUCCGACGAAGCAUCGGUGGACGCGCAGGAUUUAUUUAGUCUGGUGAGCCCUGAGGGACUUGAACUGGAUCACACGACUAAAGAAUCCGCACAAACUUAUUGGAAGAUGGCCAUUCCAUUGAUCCGAUCCGUAGCUUUAUCGCCAGGUGAAAACGGCAUUUUGCUCAAUGGAAGGUUUGUUGGGCCAAUACCUGUUGGAUCCGAGCUUAAUCAAGAAGACUUUCAGCAGUUACUCUCCUAUGAACGUACGAAACGUAUAGCUCCGGUUUAUGCUGCUUUGAAAGUUCUCGGUUUGUCAGAUAAUAUUGCCGAUCCUUUGGCAGGUGCCAAGAUUUCUUCGAUAGUGGCUCUAUCAUCUGUAUCAGAUACACCUGAUGGCAUAUUUGAGCAGGCUCCAACUAACAGAAUCAGUACAUUUGACAUUUGGAACUCUUCUUAUACAGUGAUUGAAGCUGGAGAUGCAUUAACUGCAACUAUACACAUGACUGUCGUUAUCGAUCCGGUCAGUGAGCAGGGUCAAAAGUGGGUUCCCAUCGUGAAGGCCAUCUCCGAGCUUGAAGGAGUGUAUCUUAAGAUGUUUUUGAAUCCAAAAGAACGUCUUCAAGAACUUCCAAUCAAGAGGUUUUAUAGAUAUGUUCUAGAGUCAAAGCCCACUUUCGAUGAUGAAGGUGCUUUAGUUGCGCCUGGCGCCUCGUUCACCGGUGUACCACAGGAAGCGUUGUUAACUGUCAAACUGGAUAUACCACCAGCAUGGCUAGUGGCCCCUAAAGUUUCCAUUCAAGAUCCGGACAACAUUAAGCUCAGCUCUAUCAAGUCUGAUGUAGACGCGUUGUAUGAGCUUGAGCAUAUUCUUAUCGAAGGUCACUCCCGCGACAUGCCAUCUGGCAGUCCCCCACGCGGAGCACAGCUCAUCCUAGGAACAGAGAAAGACUCACAUUUUGCCGAUACCAUCAUUAUGUCUAAUCUUGGGUACUUCCAGUUCAAAGCAAAUCCGGGAUUUUACAAAAUUGAUCUACAGAGGGGAAGGAGCUCUGAAAUCUUCAAAAUAGACAGUAUAGGCUCAAAAGGAUGGGCGCCAGUUCCUGGCGAUGAGUCCACGGAAGUUGUUCUCAUGAGCUUCCAAGGAGCGACUUUAUAUCCUCGCCUUUCUCGCAAGCCGGGUAUGGAGGGUGAAGAUGUCCUCGAAGCAAAGAUCGACUCACCAAUGGAUUACGUAUCCCGUGGACUCAAUUUUGCGCAAGGUAUCUUGGGUAGCAAGGCGAAAGCUGAUACUGGAGUGGAAGAACAAGCGGACAUAAAUAUCUUCUCCGUUGCUAGCGGUCACCUUUAUGAGCGUAUGCUGAACAUUAUGAUGGUUAGUGUUAUGAAGAACACGAAGCAUACAGUGAAAUUUUGGUUCAUUGAGCAAUUCCUUUCUCCAUCUUUCAAGGAUUUCAUUCCUCAUCUUGCCACUGAAUACGGCUUCAAGUAUGAGAUGGUAACAUACAAAUGGCCUCACUGGCUCCGAGGACAAACGGAAAAGCAACGUGAGAUCUGGGGCUACAAGAUUCUAUUUUUGGAUGUCCUUUUCCCAUUAUCCCUCGACAAAGUUAUUUUCGUGGACGCCGACCAGAUCGUCCGCACGGAUAUGAUCGAACUCGUAAACCAUGAUCUCCAAGGCGCACCAUAUGGCUUCACUCCCAUGUGCGACAGCCGCACUGAAAUGGAGGGUUUCCGUUUCUGGAAACAAGGCUAUUGGGAGAAAUUCCUUCGUGGUCUACCAUACCAUAUCAGUGCCCUAUACGUUGUGGAUCUCCGCCGGUUUCGCCAAAUCGCUGCCGGAGACCGUCUUCGCCAACAAUACCAAUCCCUUUCCGCAGACCCAAAUAGUUUGUCAAACUUGGAUCAGGAUUUACCAAAUCAUAUGCAACAGGUUCUCCCUAUCCAUAGUCUGCCACAAGAAUGGCUUUGGUGCGAAACCUGGUGCAGUGAUGAGAGUCUUAAGGAAGCGAGAACGAUUGAUUUGUGUAAUAACCCCUUGACGAAAGAACCGAAAUUGGAUAGGGCACGGAGACAGGUGCCGGAGUGGACUGUUUAUGAUGAUGAGAUUGCGGCGGUGGAUAGGAAGAGGAAGGGUGCGAAUGGGUAUGGAACUGAUGAUGGCAAUGGAGAUGCUAAAAAUACAAAGAGUAGAACAUUGGAGGAAAUGGUGAAUACAAAGACAAAGAAAGAUGAGUUGUAG